GCCUUGUGGGGUGGUGAGCUCCCCGUUAGUGGAGGCAGAGCCAGAUUUCACGCUGAGCAGCUGCAGUCGGAGGAAUCAGAGAAAGCGCCACCCGGCCCCAGAUUCCAAGGGGCCUGCCGGGGACUGUCUCCUCCUCGGGAAGGGGGACCCCGAGGCUGCAUCUCAGACCAGCUCCUGGGCUGCCAUGGGACUCUCGGCCGCCGCCCCCCGGCUGUCCUCCGUGCUGCCAGGCAGAUAAGGGCGGCUGCUGCCCCAGGAGCACCUGCCCUCUCCGCUGCCUGGCUGAUCCUUCAGGGCCAGCCCUUCCCUGACCUGGUGGCCACCUUUGCUGACCCGAGGCCAUGUAGGCUCCACUCGGGCCUCUGUGGACACACUGCCGGGGACAGCACCUCUGCUCUCUGGGGACCGCAGCGCACCACCAUGCCCCGGGGCUUCGCCUGGCUACGCUAUCUCGGCAUCCUCCUCGGCAUGGCCCUGGAGGGGUUGGAGGUGUGGUCCCUGACCCAGAGGGAGGAGUGUGCCGUCACCGGUUUUCUACGGGACAAGCUGCAGUACAGGAACCGGCUUCAGUACAUGAAACACUACUUCCCCAUCAACUACAUGAUCAGCGUGCCUUACGAGGGGGUGUUCAGAAUCGCCAAUGUCACCAGGCUGCGGAGGGCCCGAGUGAGCGAGCGCGAGCUGCGGUGCCUGUGGGUCCUGGUGAGCCUCAGUGCCGCCGAGUCGGUGCAGGACGUGCUGCUCGAGGGCCACCCAUCCUGGGAGUACCUGCAGGAGGUGCAGACGCUGCUGCUGGACGUCCGGAAGGGCCUCAGGGUGAGCUGUGCGGCGGCGGCUGUGUACACGCGUGCGUAUGUGCUUGUGUUCGUGCGCUUUCGUGUGACCAAGAACCAUUGA